UAAAGUUGCGUGUGCGGUGCGAAGAGAGGCUCGGCAAAGUGUUGUUGUUGGUUCUUCCGUCCAUCCAAAAAAAAAAAGAAUUCGCUAUCCGGGUGUCGAGUGUGGUGUUGGUAUCCUUGUGUGUUGCCGAAAAACAGGAAUAAUGGCCAAUCGAAUUUGUCAACUUUCGCGGGUUGUGCUGCGAGGACAGCAACAGCUGAAGCUGAUCACCCGACUAGAAUCGCGAGCCUUGUCCACGUCCGCCCAGCUGAACAAAGACGUCGGGUUCCGUACCGAGUCGGAUACUUUCGGUGAGCUGAAGGUUCCAAACGACAAAUACUAUGGCGCGCAAACCGUUCGCUCGACGAUGAACUUCCCCAUCGGUGGACCCACCGAACGUAUGCCGCAACCGGUCAUCACAGCAAUGGGUAUUCUGAAAAAGGCGGCUGCUCUGGUAAACAAGGAGUACGGAUUGGAUCCGAAAGUGGCCGAUGCAAUUUCGUUGGCAGCUGACGAUGUUAUCUCGGGCAAACUCUAUGACGAUCACUUCCCUCUGGUCAUCUGGCAGACCGGUUCCGGCACCCAGAGCAACAUGAACGUCAACGAAGUCAUCAGUAAUCGUGCCAUUGAGCUGCUUGGUGGAACCCUUGGCUCCAAGACUCCAGUGCACCCGAACGAUCACGUCAACAAAUCGCAAUCCUCGAAUGACACCUUCCCUACAGCCAUCCACAUCUCGGUGGCGCGUGAACUCACCGGAAACCUGAAGCCAGCCAUUCAAAUUUUGCACGAUGCCCUGAAAGCUAAAUCCGAUGAGUUUAGGGACAUUAUCAAGAUUGGUCGCACUCACACCCAGGAUGCCGUCCCUUUGACACUCGGACAGGAAUUCAGCGGCUACGUCCAGCAGAUGGAAUUCGCCCUGCAGCGCAUCGAAUCAGUGCUACCACGCGUUUAUAUGUUAGCCCUCGGAGGUACCGCUGUUGGAACGGGAUUGAAUACUCGUAUUGGAUUCGCUGAAAAAUGCGCUGCUAAAAUUGCCGAACUUACGGGUCUUCCGUUCAUUACCGCUCCGAAUAAGUUCGAAGCGUUGGCCGCUCGUGAUGCUAUGGUGGAGGUUUCCGGAUGCCUAAAUACUAUCGCCGUCAGUUGCAUGAAAAUUGCCAACGAUAUCCGUUUCCUCGGAUCGGGCCCUCGUUGCGGUCUGGGCGAACUAAGCUUGCCUGAGAAUGAACCUGGAAGCUCGAUCAUGCCCGGCAAGGUCAAUCCCACCCAGUGCGAAGCCAUGACGAUGGUUUGCGCUCAGGUAAUGGGCAACAAUGUGGCUGUCACCGUGGGUGGAUCGAACGGGCAUUUCGAAUUGAACGUUUUUAAACCUCUGGUCGUGUCCAACGUGCUUCGAUCGAUUCGAUUGUUGUCCGACAGUGCCCGCACCUUCAGCAAAAACUGCGUCGUUGGUAUCCAAGCGAAUCGAGCCAACAUCGAUAAGAUCAUGAACGAAUCGUUGAUGCUGGUGACGGCACUGAACCCGCAUAUUGGCUACGACAAGGCUGCCAAGAUUGCCAAAACGGCUCACAAGGAAGGAACCACGCUCAAACAGUCCGCUCUCAAGUUAGGCUACCUGACGGAGGAACAGUUCAACGAAUGGGUCCGCCCGGAGAACAUGCUGGGACCGAAGUAAACAAUUGGGUGAGUUGUUUCGUUUUCAGUUAUGAUCUGUCAAUUCGCCUUUCUUGAUUGUAUUUCGGAUGGUUAUUAUUUAAAAUGUUGGAAAAAGUUUAUAAAGCAGGAAAUCUUUUUGUGAAACGAA